AUGUCAGAAAGAACCACAGUGGUAAAACAAGGAGCUUUUCAUAUAUACCUUCUUUUGGAAAAUCUCCAUGUAGGCGGAGGAAUUGAAUCAGAUAUCGAGUUGUUUGAAGAUAAUCCCGAGGAGUAUGUGUGGCGUGAUAUCGAAGGUUCAGACGUUGCGACCAGACGCCGCGCCGCCUGCGACCUGCUGCGGGCCCUCGCAACACAUUACGACGAUAAAAUGAUGGCCAUCUUCGGACAGUACGUAGAGAAAGAACGCGGACAGCUUCUCUUGACCAACGAUCAAAUUUACGACCAUUUUAAGAGCACAUACGAAGUGCCUAAAAGUUUAAGACGGUAUAGGGAUCCAAACGAUCAAAAACCUGAAUUUCCUCGAAUCGAAUUCCACGGCAUUCCACCAACGCUAGAGGAACUAAGUAGUCAGAUCAAGAGGAAGUCGUCUAAAUCUGCACCGGGACCCGAUGGUAUCCCAUAUAUAGUCUUUAAAAAAUGUCCAUCGGUUCGUAAACACCUCCUAAAUAUAUACGGUAAAAUCUGGUCAGGGAAGCAAAUCCCGGAGUGCUUCGGGAAAGCAAUUUUUGUCCUCAUUCCCAAAAAAGAUAUAGUUACUGAUCCGAAAGAUACUAGACCGAUAGCUUUAACAAAUACUAUAUCGAAAAUCUUUUUCUCGGUUCUACAAACGAGAAUGACGCGAUUCAUGCUCAGCAACAACUAUUUUAGGCCAAAUCACCAGAAAGGGUUUUUACCCGGGAUUUCUGGAUGCCUAGAACACAACACCUUGCUGUCGGAGAGUUUGAAAGAUGCUAGAAAAAGCGAGCGGCAAAUCACUGUUUGUUGGAUAGACUUAGAGAACGCGUUCGGGUCGAUACAACACGAAUUGAUGCUAUUCGCGCUUAGAUGGUACAACUUUCCACCCCUAGUUAGAGAUAUGAUCGCGUCGUAUUACUCAAAAUUAAGGUUUUCUAUAAUAACUAAAGAAGGCCCUUCAAAAAGUUUGAGUUAUAAUGUAGGACUGUUUCAAGGUUGUUGUCUAUCUCCAAUUACGUUUAAUAUCGUUAUUAACAUCUUAGUAGACAAAUUAAUCUGUAACGAGAAAAAAUGGGGUUAUCGGUUUAAGUUUAAUAAUAAAUACACGGAAUCCAUUUUAGCCUUCGCUGACGAUCUCGCAAUACUGACACGUAACCCCAAACACUGUCAAGUACUAUUGGAUGAAGUGGAUAAAUUCUGUGAGUGGACGGAUGGAUUGAGGACAAAACCCAGUAAAUGUCAUUGUCUGUGUCUUGGUAGGCGGAAUACAAGAUACACCUCAUACGAUCCGGGACUAUCGUUAGGCGGUCAAUGCAUUUCUACGGUUACGGAAAACGCACCAUUUAAAUUUCUCGGUCGUAAGAUUGAUAAUAUAGGCCGUACUCCAUCUUUAGAAGGAAUAGUAGAUAGCUUUUUGAACGAUCUUAACAAGUUAGAUGCAGGCGUCAUAAAGAUGUUGAAGUUGUGGCUCGGGCUCGCCCUAACGGCUGAUUCAUCGGCGUUAUUUAGGGGAAGCAAUAGUUUUGGGAUGAGUCUAAAAAGGCCAUCGGAGCUCUAUAAACACCUAAGAGUUUCCAAGAGAUAUAUCCUGGGGAAAUCCCAUGAUGACAUAGUGACAUCGCUCCCAAAAGAUGAAGAUGCCCCCGAAAUGAUAAAUAUAAGAUCCAUGCAAUGA